AUGAAGGUAUCACUAUUGGCAGCCGCUGCCACCUCAAUAUUUGCCUCUGUCGGGCAAUCGAUUUUAAUUCCACAGGUUGCUCAGGAAGCAUUUGGAGCUCUUGAUGAGGAGCACGAAUUGCACUUUGACGCUGAUAGUUUGGGAUUCCCAAAGCCUCACAUUCCGUACUUUCUAAAACCAAUGGUUGAAUCUGAAAAACUUCAAGAAAAAAUUGUGCUUGACGAUUUGAACCAGACCGUGAGUGAUCUUUUUGAGCUUUCGAAAGCUUCAGUCAAAAGAUAUGGCAAUCCAACCCGUGUUAUUGGAUCUGCGGGUCAUUGGAAAACGAUCAAUUACAUCUUGAGACAAUUUGACGACAUGCGAGACUAUUACGAUAUUUCUUUGCAAGCGUUUAGUGCCCUUAAUGGCAAAAUCUGGUCAUUCAACCUGUCUGAUGCCAAUACUGGCAAGACUUUCCCUAAAACUAAGGCAUUUUCCUUGUCUCCACCAGUUAGACCAUUUGUUGGUGAAUUGGUCGAAAUUCCAAACUUGGGAUGUGAUGAAGCAGAUUUUGAUGCUGUUACGCCCGAACCACCUUUUGAGGGACAAAAGAGAAAAAUUGCUCUCAUUGAAAGAGGUCAAUGCCCAUUUGGUGUUAAGAGUGAUUUGGCAGGUAAGUACGGUUAUCAAGCUGUAGUUAUCUUUGACAAUGAUCCAAAAGCAGACAAAGGUUUGCAAGGUACUUUAGGGGAACCAACCAACCAUACAGUUUCCACUAUUGGUGUCACACAUGAAACGGGUAAAAAGUUGAUUGAAAACAUUGUCCUGAACAAACAUUACUCUCUAUAUUUUGCCAUGGACUCUUAUGUGGGCAGAACAUGGACCAAAAAUAUCAUUGCGGACACAAAACAUGGUGAUGAAGAUAACAUUGUGAUGCUCGGAGCUCAUUCUGACUCUGUUGAAGAGGGUCCAGGUAUUAAUGAUGAUGGUUCCGGUACGGCGUCUUUACUAAAUGUUGCCAAACAACUAACCCAUUACAAAAUAAACAAUAAAGUUCGUUUUGCUUGGUGGGCGGCAGAAGAAGAAGGACUUCUGGGAUCGAAUUAUUAUGCUAAUAACUUAACUCCCGAAGAAAAUCAAAAAAUUAGACUUUUCAUGGACUAUGAUAUGAUGGCAUCACCAAACUAUGAGUAUGAAAUCUACAAUGCUUCCAAUGCUGAAAAUCCAAAGGGAUCUGAGGAACUCAAAAAUCUUUACAUAGAUUAUUAUGAGGCACGUAAUUUGAGCUAUGUGCUUGUUGAUUUCGAUGGUCGCUCAGAUUAUGUCGGUUUCAUUGAAAAUUCCAUUCCAGCCGGUGGUAUUGCGACAGGUGCCGAAAAAACUAAUCCAAAAGAUGGCAAGCCAUUUGAUUCAUGUUACCAUUCACUUUGUGACAACGUCACAAACUUGGCAUGGGAUGCUUUCCUGGUUAAUACAAAAUUGAUAGCACACUCCGUUGCAACCUAUGCUUAUUCUUUAGAAAACUUCCCAACUAGAGAAAACGCAACCGCAAUUUCUUCAGUCCCUGCAAUGUCAAAAUUGAAGUACAGGGCUGAUAAGUUGAUCAUUUAA